GACGGCGGCAUUUCUCCAUCUUCCGACACCGUUCGCCGGAAUCUUCGCACGAAGGAAUUUCGCUCGCGAUUGCGAUGUUUGACUGCGGCGACCGAUGCAUAUUGGGCUGGCGACUCUCUGUUUCUCUCUCUAGCUCCCCGCCUCGACACGACACCCGCGGCUGGCAUUCAGAAUGCGCUGAUCUCUUCACCAGCCCCUUGUUUCGCCGGAUUUCGGACUGGGUGUUUGUCGAUUCACUGCGACGAUGAUGGCCUCUACUGUAUGCACGGUUGGCAUGCCGUUAUUUGUUGUUGCUCUGUGAGUUAACGAUGUGGGGUGUGACAAAAAGGGUGGACAUUUAUCUAGGGCAGUGGUUGCUAACCUAGUGAUACUUGCCGGAACCACGGAUUUCUCGUGGACACCUUUCGUGACUUUUUCACCAAUAGAAGGAACAACUUCCAGUGGUUUGAAAAUGUAUCUCGUGGAGAACAAAGUAGGAGCCAUAGCAUGCAUGCUGCUUUCCCUCUUCUUCUUGGGAACGUGGCCUGCCAUCUUCACUUUUCUGGAGAGGCGAGGCCGCCUUCCGCAGCAUACUUAUCUGGAUUACAGCGUCGCCAAUCUCCUGGCAGCUGUCGUUAUUGCCUUUACUCUCGGGGAGAUCGGGAAGGGCACCACAGAUUCGCCUAAUUUUCUGGAGCAGCUUUCUCAGGAUAAUUGGCCAUCCGUUAUGUUUGCUAUGGCAGGUGGAGUGCUCCUCAGUCUCGGAAAUCUUGCUACACAAUAUGCGUUGGCUUUGGUUGGUUUAUCAGUGACAUUAGUGAUCACUUGCAGCAUGACUGUUGUUAUAGGCACAAGUGUAAACUACUUCUUAGACAACAGGAUCAACAGUGCGGAGAUUCUUUUCCCAGGAGUUGGUUGCUUUGUUAUUGCAGUUUGUCUGGCCUCAGCUGUUCAUGCAUCAAAUGCAGACGAUAGCAGAAUGAAGCUCAACCAGUCAGGUCUUGGUAACGUUGAUGCCAAGACUUCAAGCUUUGCUUCCUUGCAAGGAGUACAUCAAGACAAUGGCUUCUUUUCAGAAGAUGUGGAAAAUGCGAGUGAUUUGUCUGAGAAGUUGGAAGUAGGGACAGCGGAUUUUCUGAUCGAACUUGAGAAUCGAAGAGCAAUUAAGGUUCUUGGGAGGAACACUUUGUCUGGUCCUGGAAUAGCUUUCUUCGGUGGUGUCUGCUUUGCUCUUUUCUCGCCUGCAUUUAAUUUGGCAACAAAUGAUCAAUGGCAUACUUUAAAGGAGGGUGUUCCUCACUUGACAGUUUACACCGCAUUUUUUUACUUCUCAAUAUCAUGCUUCAUCGUUGCCGCUGUUCUGAACGCCAGCUUCCUCUACCACCCUAUUCUCGGUUUACCCAGAUCAUCAUUCAAAGCUUAUGCAAGUCACUGGAAUGGAAGAGGCUGGGCUCUUUUAGCUGGCCUUUUGUGCGGAUUUGGUAAUGGCCUCCAAUUUAUGGGAGGCGAGGCUGCCGGAUAUGCUGCCGCAGAUGCUGUUCAGGCACUCCCACUUGUUGGCACUUUUUGGGGCAUACUUCUGUUUGGAGAGUACCGCAGAUCAUCAAGGAAAACCUAUGUGCUGCUCGUCAGCAUGCUGGUCAUGUUUAUCGUGGCUGUCGCGCUUCUCAUGGCGUCAGCGGGACAGCGCAGCGUGAGCGCAAGUGCCUAGUUCUUUCCAAGAUUCGUUAUCUACACGAACAACGAUCGCAUUUGAUAUGGGAUGGUGGUGAAUUCCGCGGUAAUAGAGUGGUGGAAUUGCAUGCUAGUUCGUGUCGAAGCUCAUACCAAAUGGAAUAGGAUUCCGGAAACCGGGUGAAAGAAUCAUUCAUUUUUUAUCCGGAGAAAUGGAAGGAAGUUCAGGCUUUGGGGUCUAGACAUCAAGGAAUUUCCUCGCUGUCCACCGGGGACGAAAUCCGGCACCCGGGAACUGAAUGCAUUUGGUUGAUUUCCUACAGCCAUUGUUUUUGGUUGUGAAUUAUUUUGGGUUUGGGUUUGUCUGUUAUUAUUUAGGUUCACCAGAUUUUCUAGAAUUUGAAUAACAUAGAAAGAAUCUGAAUGAUCAAAUUUGGAA